CCGCCGAUCGAAGGGUACGACGCCGACGUCUGGCGCGCGCGCGUCGAGCUCGCGGCGUGCUAUCAGCUGUGCGAUAAGCUUGGAUUCAACGAGGGCGUGUGCAAUCACCUGACGUGCGCGGCGCCGGGGCGAGAGGAUGCGUUUCUGUGCGCGCCGUACGGGUUGGCGUGGAGCGAGGUCUCGGCGAGUAAUCUGGUGAUGAUCGAUGGGCGCGGGAAGUUGCUCGAGGGGUCGGGAGAGGUGGACGCGACGGCGUUUUUUAUACAUCUCGCGAUACACCGCGCGGGAGUGGCGUGCGUGCUGCACACGCACAUGCCGCGCGCGAGCGCGCUGUGUUGCGUGGAGUCGUUCGAGUUGGCGAUGUGUCAUCAAAACUCGUUGCGAUUCGCCGAAGACGUGGCGUACGACCCGACUUUUAACGGAUUGGUGUUGGAUAACACCGAGGGCGAGCGAUUGGUGAAGGUGAUGGAUGGGAAACGGGUGUUGAUGCACAAGCAUCACGGCGUCAUCGUGUGCGGCGCCUCCGUCGCCGAGGCGUUCGAUGAUUUGUACUAUCUCGAGCGCGCGGCGGAGGUGCAAAUCUUAGCCAUGUCCACCGGUUCACCCCUGAGCAUC